UUUCUUCCUUCACCAUGUCUGGACGCGGCAAAGGCGGGAAGGGCCUGGGCAAGGGCGGCGCCAAGCGCCACCGCAAGGUGCUGCGCGACAACAUCCAGGGCAUCACCAAGCCCGCCAUCCGGCGCCUGGCGCGGCGCGGCGGCGUCAAGCGCAUCUCCGGGCUCAUCUACGAGGAGACGCGCGGGGUGCUCAAGGUCUUCCUGGAGAACGUGAUCCGCGACGCCGUCACCUACACGGAGCACGCCAAGCGCAAGACGGUCACGGCCAUGGACGUGGUCUACGCGCUCAAGCGCCAGGGCCGCACGCUCUACGGCUUCGGCGGCUGAGCCCCCAAACCACUAACUUCAGCAAAACCAAAGGCCCUUUUCAGGGCCGCCCACCCCCUCUCGGGAGAGCUGCGCGCGGCUUUCUGGUUGUGUGUGUGAGACGAGCGUGAGUACAUGGGAGCGGUCCCCGCCGUUCCGCACCCCAGUGGAGGACAAGCCCUUGGCACCCCGCCCUUCCCUGGCGGGUACGUUGUGCUCCCUUGUUCCCUUGGGACCGUGCAGUGGUGCGACCGGAAGUCCCGCCGAGGUGGUUUUGACUUGUCUGGCGAGCGUUCAGAUUAGUGUACAAAUUGCGAGGACCUGAGGCUGCAACCCUUCCCCAUAAGAACUCCGAUCGAUUAAAAAAUUACCAGUGAAACUG